UUUAUGGCAUAUAAGAAAAAAAACAAAAUUUUGGGAGUCUGUAAUGAACAAUGAAUAUAGUUUUUUUUAGUUUAGUGGCAAGUGAGCAAACGAAAGGUCAUAGAAAUUAUAGUAAUAAAAAUAUAUUUAAGCAAAAGUGUUGAUAAUUAAGAUAAAAACUAGUGAAUGAAACUAAAUAAGCUGCUUAGAAAUACUACAAAUUGUUUAGAUUUUUAUAACAAAAGGUUUUUUUUAUUAAAGAGAGGAAACGAAAGAAGAUUUCGAAAAGUUUUUUUUUUUUUGAUAACAAACAGAUUUUUUCUGUCCAAGGACUUUUAGUAAAGUGGAAGUUUAAGUGUAACUAGCCAUGUUUUUUAGUUAAACAAUUGUUAAGUUUUGAUCAGGAAAUUUAUUUUCUGACAAACGCCUUAAUAACGCAACAAAAAACGCACAAUAUUUAAUUAAACGACAAAUAUUUCUAAAUUUGUUGUUACAAAGAAAACAAAAAUAUUGUAAAAUUACUGUUUAUAGAAAAUUACCAAAAAAUAAAAAAAAUCAUUGUUAUCCUUACAAGUUGCCUUAAGGUGGGUUUAAUUUACAUUAGACAAAAGCUAAAGAGCGAAAAUAACACACUCUCUUGCUAACACAGAAAAAAAACAACAACUCACCUCUACAAUAAUCAAAUGGUGUAAAAAUAACAGUAAAUGUCUAAGCGAGAGAGCGAGAGCAAGUGUUAUAAUUUUUCAAUUAGCAAGUGUGAGAGUGUAAAAGGAAAUAAAAAUACCAGUGUAUAUGUAUGUAUGUGUGUUUUAACAAACAGUGAAUAAAAGACGUUUAAAUGAAUUGAAACGAAUCAGUCACGUGCUGAUUUUACAUCGACAACAACUUAACGCGCGCUCAAUAAUCAACAGAAAAUUAAAGAAUUAAAUGAAAAAAAGAAAACAAGAAAAACACUAACACACAACAACUACAACAAUAAUAAUAAUAAAACUGCCGUGUCUAUAUGUUAUCUAUACAAUAAUACAAAUCGCUGUUGUUGUUGUUAUUUGAACAAAAGCAAUUCGUUUUUGCUGUUAUUGUUAUUUCGGUUGCUGCUGCUUCUGUGUAUGUGUGUUGGAAUGUGCGUGUAUUGCGAAAAUUUGUGAAUGAAUGAAUUUCUUGUUGUUCAUUGUGUGCGAGUGUGUGCUUUUAUUCACAACAGGAAACGGAAAGCUAGACUACACUCAAACAAAACGUAAAAUUCUUAAACAAAGCCAUAAAAACGACACACGAAAAUAUAAAAGAAAUUGUCUUAGGUCUUGUUAAACAAACGGCAAUAAAGACAAAAAAAUAAAAUAAUUUCAAACUCGAACGCCUAAAGUAGAUAAACAAAAAAAAUCUUAAAAUAAUUAUAAAUAAAUGAAUCUGAUAUUAAAUUAAACUAAAAGUUAAAUAAAAAAUUUAAACAAAUUUCUUAAACAAAACGCACAAUUCCACCAACAGCCUUUUUUUGUAAACAAGCAUUAACUAACGAAAUAAUAACAACGUUUGUUAUAAAAUUAAAAUAAAUUUAAAUAAAUAAAUCUUAACAUAAACGUAAAUUGUUAUUAAAUUUAACUUCUACAUAAAUAAAUACUAGGAAUAUCUUAAAAUAAUCUUUAUAAAUAAAAAAUAUUUUUUUUUAAAUAUUCACCUUAAUUUACCCUGUUAAACUUAACUUCUUCUACCACAACCACACUACCAACCGUAAAUAUUCAAUCAAUUCAAAUUGUUUGUGAGAGUGAAUUGAUUUCAUUUAUAAUAAAUCAAUUUCCUGUUUUGGCCCUGUGUAAAUACAACCUAAAUAAUAGAAAAGAACAAAAAUAAAAUAAAAUAAAAAUCUCGUAAAUCUGUAAUAAACUGCAUACUAAAACUAUGUAUAACUACUACUACUGCUCGCUCUAACUAAACUAAAAUAUACUAACAUACUUACUUCCAUACUUAUUUAUAUAUAUAAUAUAUAGAACUUGUACUAAAACUUAAUGUAAAUUUAAACUAAAAAUAAAUAUUGCCAGCAAGCAAGGCAAAAAAAAAAAAAAAAUACAAAAAAAAGUAAAACUAGACACAAUUUUUUUUUUCAAAAUAACUUAAAAAAAAAUACGAAAAGAAACGUAACGAAUAAAUUUUGCUUGUGCCACCAUUUAAAUAACUCAACCACAUCUCACAUUGUAAAUGCUUGAGUAUGUAAUUUAAAUGUUUUAUAUACAACACAUAUAGUAACUUCUUUAUAUACAUAUAUACAUAGAAGUACAUACAUACGUAAUAAAUACAUAUAUAUACACAUAAAAUAUCCAUAUAUUUAGUAAUUUAAAAAUAGAAAAAUAUAUAUAUAGACAAAUUUACAAUAUACUAUAUAGUAUGCAUAUGUCUCAUAAAUCUCUAUAAAAUCCAUCUAAAAUUAUCAAACAACUACAAAAAUACAAACGUAGUGCAAUUUAAUUAAAAUCUUAACAAAAAACGUAGUUAAAAUUCAAUUCUAACAAAAUAAAAAUUAUUGCUAUUAAAUAAAUCAAAUCACCGUAAAAUACCGGAUUUGUUACAAAAAAAAUAUAUAAAUUUUUAAAAAAUUGUUAUUUUUUUCCUGCGUAUUUAAUUUGCAUUUGUAUUACUUAUUCGUAAACGAAAAUGCGUGUUAUAGUGUUGAAAAAGAAUCGUUCGAAUAAACGCGGCACACCAACUGCUACAGCACGUGACACCACUGCCACCACUUAUGUUCCACCAAAAAAGUCACUGGCAAAAAAAGAACUAUUUGUGAGUAAAGUUGAUCCGGGUUCACCGCGCGGCGAACGUAAAUUUUCGACAGCCACUGCGCCAUCGAUGAAAACAAAGUGGCUGAAAGCAAUUAAAAGCCUAAAACCGGCUUCUGGAUCAGCAGCACAAGCAGACAGUCAACCUCGCUCAAAUCAAAUGUAUCACGCCGUCUCAACUGUUUUAACUUUAAGACGUAAUGGAGCCGCUGGCAGUUCAUCGCAGCCAUUACGGCCCAAUGAGGAUGGUAGCCAUCAUUUACAGGAAUAUACUUAUAAAAAGAUAACAGCCUGUGAUGUGUGUUCACAAAUAUUAAGAGGUCACACACGUCAAGGUCUACGUUGUCGUAUAUGUAAGUUAAAUGCUCAUGGCGAUUGUGCCUCGCAGCUGCCACGUUGUCAGCCAAAACAAAAAUUGUUGAGACGUCAAAAAAGCACUUCGGAAUUGGAAAAUCGUAUAGAUAUCGAGGAAGAAAUAGAUUACCGUUUAUUAAACAUGGCACAAAUGCCAUCUGUGGCCAAUAUGACAACUGCCGCGUAUUUAAGUAGUGGCAUUGGUAUUAAUUAUUAUGCAACAUCAGCCACAGCCAUGUUGCCAACCGGUCAAACAGCUUCACUACAAAUGCAACAGCAGCAACAGCCAUCUACAUCAGCAGCCUCGGCUGCCUCAACAUCUUCGAAUUCGGCAGCUGCUUUGGCAACCACAAUUUGCCAACAAUUGCCACAACAGCAGCAACAACAACAGUAUCCUUAUAUGACUUUGCAACAGCAGCAGCAAUUGCUAACGCAACAGCAAUAUCAUCAGCAACAACAGCAAAUACUGCCAGCAGAUUCGGGUCUUCGACGUCGUCUAUUUGCUGGUUUUCGUCCAAUGUCUGGUUUUGGUCGCAUACGUUCACGUUCAUCUCAGCAUCGUUCAAUAUCAUUGCCUGAAACACCCCAUUCACCAAGAAGACAAAAAUUAAAUUUACGCAUGAAAUCCCUGAGUUUGGAUUCACCCGAAUCAUCAGAAUUACAUGGACAAAUGAGACGUAGACAACCGGCAGCUGGCCCCUCUACCACGGGGGCCUCCAGCAGUUAUUAUCAUGGAGGUUCGGGUGGUCAUUUAGAGCACAGUACACCACCUUCCAAUAAUAGUCGUUUGCAUUCUCCCUCUAGUCCCUCGCAUCAGGGUCGUAAGUUGUUGUAUGCCAGUCGUGGCAUGCGUGGCGGCAGUGUGGAUUUACCCGAUGAAAUGGAAAAAUCGCAAUCAUCGGCCAGUACUUCACCCUGUCCCUCCCCAGUAAGAUAUUUUCAGAAAUCACAUCGUCUGUUGCCCACAAAUUUAUAUGUCAUACUGUACAAUUUCAAAGCCAGACAUGCUGAUGAGUUGGAUUUAAAAGCGGGUUAUAAAGUUACUGUUAUUGAUACUUCAGACCCUGAUUGGUGGAAGGGUAAAGUAUUGGGUCGUGUUGGCUAUUUUCCCUCCAAGUAUUGUGUGCGUUUGAAUGCCAACGAGAAGCCUUUGCAAGUUACACACAAUUUGCAAGUGUCAGAUGGUGAACGUGGAGAAAAUAUGACUUUAUUAAGGGAUCAAAUUGUUAUACAAACCGGUGAUGAGGUUAAUGGAAUGGUUAUGGUACGCUCAGCUGACAAUCGUCAGGGUUAUUGCCCUGUCAAGUACUUGCAAGAGGUGUGACAGCCCGAAGACCCAUCAUCUGAACGCGAUAAACCGCCACACAAAUCUUCUU